ACCCCUGCUUUUGCCCGAGCGCCUGACCUUAUCUCCUCCCUCCAUCAUCCCCGAGAAGAGAAUCCUCCCACCUCCGCGCGCGCGCCCAUGGAGUCCGGCCUCGUCGCAAGCCACCGCCUCCGCCUCCCGGCCCUCCCUUCCGCCGCCCACGCCCACCUCCUCCGCCACCGCCGCCUCGGAGCCGCCGCACCCCUCCACCUCCCCACCACCCCGUCCCCUCUCCGCCAACCCGCCGCGCUCCCGCUCCGCCCCUGCCUCCGGCCUCCCCGCGCCGCCGCAUCCGUCGCCUCCCCCGCGCCGGUCCCCGGCGAUGGGGCCGACAAUUCCCGCAAGUUCCUCGGCGUGGACGCGCGCACGCUGAAGAAGAUCGUGCCCCUGGGGCUCAUGUUCUUCUGCAUCCUCUUCAACUACACCAUCCUGCGGGACACCAAGGACGUGCUCGUCGUCACCGCCAAGGGGAGCAGCGCCGAGAUCAUCCCGUUCCUCAAGACCUGGGUCAACCUCCCCAUGGCCAUCGGCUUCAUGCUGCUCUACACAAAGCUCGCCGACGUGCUCUCCAAGGAGGCGCUCUUCUACACCGUCAUCUUCCCCUUCAUCGCCUUCUUCGGCGUCUUCGGAUACGUGCUCUACCCCAUGCGCGACGCCAUCCACCCCACCGCGCUCGCCGACCGACUCCUCGCAUCGCUCGGCCCCAGCUUCCUCGGACCCGUCGCCAUCCUCCGCGUCUGGAGUUUCUGCCUCUUCUACGUCAUGGCCGAGCUCUGGGGCAGCGUCGUCAUCUCUGUCCUCUUCUGGGGAUUCGCCAAUCAGAUUACUACGGUGGAAGAGGCUAAAGAGUUUUACCCACUGUUCGGACUUGGAGCCAACGUGGCUCUCAUCUUCUCUGGUCGCACGGUCAAAUACUUCUCAAAUAUGAGGCAGAAUUUGGGUCCAGGGGUGGACGGGUGGGCAAUUUCACUGAAGGGCAUGAUGAGCAUAGUGGUUGCACUGGGUUUUGUCAUUGCUGGUAUCUAUUGGGGAGUGAACAAGUUUGUUAUUGAUAAAUCAUCUCUGCCAGCAGUCGAGCGGAAGAAGAAGAAUAAGCCAAAGCUUAGUAUGGGGGAGAGUUUGAAGGUACUCGUGUCAUCUCGUUAUGUGAGGGAUCUUGCCACACUGGUCGUUGCUUAUGGUAUAAGCAUUAACCUUGUUGAGGUGACGUGGAAAUCGAAGUUGAAGGCACAGUACCCAAGCCCUAAUGAAUAUUCUUCAUUCAUGGGUGAUUUCUCAACGGCUACUGGCAUUGCUACGUUUACAAUGAUGUUGUUGGGGAGAGUAAUUCUUAGAAAAUUCGGGUGGGGAGUUGCGGCUACAAUCACCCCUGCUGUGUUGCUUGUCACUGGAGUUGGAUUCUUCUCACUACUUUUGUUUGGCGAGCCACUGACUCCUCUUCUAACCAAGUUCGGAAUGACGCCUUUGCUUGCUGCGGUCUUCAUUGGGGCAUUGCAGAACAUUUUCAGCAAGAGUGCAAAGUACAGUUUGUUCGAUCCCUGCAAAGAAAUGGCAUACAUUCCUUUGGAUGAGGACAUGAAGGUCAAAGGUAAGGCAGCAAUUGAUGUGGUGUGCAACCCUCUGGGGAAAUCGGGAGGUGCCUUGAUCCAGCAGUUCAUGAUCUUGUCAUUUGGAUCUCUUGCGAAUUCAACGCCAUACCUUGGGGGAAUACUGCUGGUGAUUGUUCUUGCGUGGUUGGGUGCCGUGAGGUCCCUCGACUCACAGUUUUCUCCCCUGGCAAAGCAAGAUCUUGAAAGGGAACAGAUGUUGAAGGCAAAUGCAGUCGAAACAACAGCUCAAGUUGUUGGGACAGGAAAUGGCACCCUUCAAGAAAAUGUUGCUAGCCAGAGCUACACGAAUGGUGCGGUCAUCAAACAAUCUCAAGAACCCGAGAGUGCCGAACCUGAAAAAUCUGGCCAACAGUCCCAAUAAGUCCCCCCCCAAGAAUUUUAGUUAGUACAAAUCUUUGAAGGAACCAAAUGUUGCUUGGUUAUGUUCAGGUUAGGCCUGGCAAUGGGAUCUGUUGGUGAAGACAGCAGAGUGAUAAGAAAAAUAAGAGGCCUGUUGUUGUAGCAUAUAUUGACUUCACCGUGGGAGAGUCUGUAGCUGUUUUCUUGAGAGUAUCUGUAGCUGUCUGGAGUUCCAUACGGUAGAUAUGAAACUGGUUUUCUUUAAUGUUCAUUACAAUUUUGCGGAAAAAUCUGUUCUGUUAUCUA